AUGUGCGGUUCUUGUUACGAUGGAGAUAGACUGUCUUUGGUACAGCAAGAUGACGAAGAACCAAGGGAGAUUGUGGUGUGGGUUACGAACAAGUUGACCGAUGUGGAUGUCUUGUUCACCAAGUAUUUCAAUGUGUCACGACCAGAUGUUCCGGCGUUACUGGACCAUACAGAUAUGUCUCACUCGGUGUACUUCAUUGGCAAGCACAAAUUUAUCACGGCAUGGUGCGAGGCAGAAGUAUAUGAAGAUGAUGAUAAGAAUCCUCCUACUUGCAUCACUCUUUAUGAAAUUGAUGAGGGAGGGGUAAGAACACAACUUGAGACAGAACGACACUACGAGUCUGGCUAUUCUGGCACCUUCCUUUGUGGCUACGUGUACGUUCCAAGUCUAGUCCCUCUUCCAGAAUAA